AUAGAUCAAAACAGGAAAUGGAGUAAAAGCGACGAGACGAAGCCUUUGAAUAUACCAUUGACAGAUUGGCUUGCUUGAGUGACGUCAGAAUCCGGCUGUUCCGGCGAAGUUGAUCGUUCUUUUUGUGAACCAAGUGGCUUAGAGACAAGGUUUUGUAGUAAAAGCAAUGGUGCUUUUUCCAUCUCUUUUUGAUGGAUUAGCUAGGACAGUAUCCAUCAAGAAAGGAAGGAACUCCCAGAAGGAUGUUGGAAAGGAAGCUGCAGAAGCUUUGGCAAAGGAUGCAAGGAAGAACGAGUUGAUGUUGAGUUCCUCUGGCAUUGUUAAGUCCAACAAGUCAAAUAAUUUUGCCUCUGUCUGCUCCAAGAGAGGGCAGAAAGGAAUUAAUCAAGAUUGCUUGAUUGUGUGGGAGGAAUUUGGAUGCCAAGAGGACAUGAUAUUUUGUGGUAUAUUUGAUGGGCAUGGUCCAUGGGGACAUGUUGUUGCCAAAAGAGUUAAAGAAUCUGUUCCUUCUUCUUUGCUAUGCAAUUGGCAAGAAACUCUUGCAUUGACAUCACUUGACAUUGAUUUCGAAAUGGAAUUGAAUAGAGAUCUCCAUCAUUUUGAUAUUUGGAAGCAGUCCUACUUGAAAACUUAUGCUGCAAUUGAUCAGGACCUUAAACAGCACCCUGACAUCGAUGCCUUCUGCAGUGGUACUACAGCUUUAACAAUCGUUAAACAGGGUGACCAACUUGUUAUAGCAAAUGUUGGGGAUUCUCGAGCUGUGUUGGCAACAACUUCUGAUGAUGGCAGUUUGGUGCCAGUUCAGCUUACCAUCGAUUUCAAACCCAACUUACCCCAGGAGGCUGAACGAAUAAUACAGUCCAACGGUCGAGUAUUCUGCUUACAUGACGAGCCAGGGGUGUAUAGGGUAUGGAUGCCAAAUGGGAAGAGGCCAGGACUAGCAUUAUCAAGAGCCUUUGGUGACUACUGUGUGAAAGAUUUUGGGCUCAUUUCCAUACCUGAUGUGACCCAAAGAAUCAUAACAAGCAGAGAUCAUUUUGUCAUUUUGGCAACGGAUGGGCUAUGGGAUGUUGUUUCCAAUCAAGAAGCAGUGCAGAUUGUUUCUUCGACACCAGAUAGGGAGAAAUCGGCUAAAACGUUGGCGCAAUAUGCUGUUCGUGCAUGGAAAUAUAAGAAAAGGGGCAUUGCAAUCGAUGAUAUCUCAGCCAUAUGCCUCUUCUUUCAGAAUUCACCAUCCCAAAAGGUUGACCCUUUGAUGGUCUUGAAACAAGCACAGGUGACCAAAACGGUGUAGUGGCUGGUUGAAAAAAAAAAAGCCUUUCACUUUCGGUGCAGUAGAUGUUGUAUCUAAACGUGAACCAUGUUGGACCAAGAAUACCAUUUACAGUGUAAGAAUUGAAUAAGAAGCACCUAAAUGAUCAA